GCCAAUCACGAAGAAGUGUUUUGUUGUCAUGGCGGUGUUUUAAACUGUCUGAUACUUCCUAUAAACAAAUUUUGAUUUUUAGCUUCUCUUUAUCAACUGUUUGUCAUGUUAAAACAUAAAAACCGCGGAUUUACUCAUCGGUUGUCCACUUACAAAGCGUUUUCGUGUGAUAAAUCAAUCUCUUUCUGCAGUCGAUCGGAUCAGUCAGUAGAGAAUUAGUUGCUCUGAGAAGGAUUACUCGUAUUACUUCCCUCAAGACAGCUCGUAAAACUAUUAUCAGGAUGAUUUCAGAUUUCCAAAGGGGGUCUGCUAUGACCAUUGGUGAAUUGGGCACUGUGAAUCGUGAAUGGAUUAAAAAAGGCUCUUCUGGGUCACAAACUACUGGUCUGCAAACACAGCUUCAGUUCAGCAACACCGUGACACCCAGUGUUAUUAACAGAGCCACCUGUGUGGGACCCCCUUCUCCCAUCAUAAUAGAGAAACUUAGACCCCGUACAGAGAGGCAGGAUGAUCUGGAGAGCUGCAGCAGCUCUGUACGUCUCUCAGUCCUCUCAGAAGAGCGCCUGCAGGCUGCUGUCAGACUCGCAAGGAGAGAUCUGCGCAGGAAACAUCAGGAAUCCAUCAGCCGUUUGUCAUUUGAACCAGCAGAAACAUCAGACAAUAUCAGUCCUGAAAGAAGCAACAUAGAUUACAAUCCUCAUGUGGUACACCCAAAGAUGUCAGGUCCAAAGAAACAAUUAAAAAACGGUGCUCAGGUGCUUGUUUAUACUCCCAACAGCCAACUUAAACAGGGACAGGCACUCACCAAAGACCUCGACCCGAGAACCAACAGCGGUGAACCUCAGCUCACACAGGAGAUCCGGAAAUUACAGAAGGAGCUGAGCACAUAUGUUCAACGGAUAGAGCAGUUGGCUAAUAAAGGACGUGCUGUGGAGGUUCUGGAGCCUGAUGAGAAACAAAGAAUGGAGAUCAGGCGACAGGAGCAGGCGGCCCGUUCUGCACGCAUCAUCUAUGUGUUACAACAGCAGGUUAAAGAAAUACAGGAGGAUCUAGACAAGCUGCGUUCACAGAAUGUCAAACACACCAAAAAGUCUAAGGCAAUGGACAAAUUGGCUGCUGCUCACCGGGGAGCUGUAAGAGCCAUGCAGGUUUUUAUCAACCAGCUGUCAGACCCUGCAGAGAACAGAGUGCCCACCCACUGCAAAGAGCUGGGGCAGCUGAUUCGUCAGCUCUCUCUCUGCUCAGCCAAAGCAGAGGUUGGGCAAGGAUCUGCCGUACCAGAGACAGCCCUCGACAUCCUGCAGAAAUUAGAGACGCUUGACUCAGCACUAAGUAAACAGGAGACAACCAAGAAAAGAGACAUAGAUUUGCAAAAUGUCAACCCAGUGGAAAAGACUUCUACCAGGGUCAGGGCCCGCAGCAUGUCCCCUCCCCGUCCUGCCAGAGCAACAGCUGAAAGGACCUCACAAAGACCCCGAAAGCCAGCUGCUGCAAAAAAGCCUAUUGGCGGCAGACUGGCAGUAAAAUCCCACAGGACCUCACAAGCAUUGGUGAAGGAGCGCAAUGAAGUUCUGAGGGCAGGGCUAGAGAGCCUCUUACAUCAUCAGAAACUGAGAGAGACAGAAGCACAGAAACCCAACAAAACUAACAGUGCCAUCAACCAAGACCAUGCUAAGCAGGCCGGUCAUGUACGCGAUGCCAGCUUUCAGCAGCCCACUGUCUCAUCCCGGCUGAGGGAAAACCAGGUACCUCAAAAAGAGGCCACUGUGCCUUGGAUGCCAACAUCCCCUCACUCUCCUCCACGCCCACGUGCUGUGUCUAGUCGGCCAGAACCCAGAUGUCUGUUCUCACCUAAAAAGACCCCUGAAAAGCAGAAGCCACAGACCAGUGGCAGCACACAACUCAGUCCUACAUCGCAUGACAGGAAUCAAGCCCAAAAUGAAGCCCUCAGGCAAGCCUGGCUGGACCGGGUGACUGCAGACAGACUAAAAGAACUGAAUCGUCUGAGUAAAGAGGAGGCUGACCGCAUUAACAGACUCCAGACCACAGUGGGCUCUCCAACACAAUGGGCGGAAAAAGCUGAGCUGGCAGCUAGAGAGAGAAUUCAGCCUUUGUUGGAUCAAGCACAGGUGGUUGGAGCAGGAAGUUACACACACCGAGAGCGGCUCAAGGUUGCAGAUAAGCCCGGGGCCAGUGCGGACGCACUGAGCGAAGCUCUUCUGGAGGAUCUUCUGGAGGACGCAGCUCGAGCUCUGUGGGUGACUGAGAGGCAGCAGGUGGCCGAGGCUGAGGCUGAGAAGCAGCUGCAGGGCCCCACAUUGGAGAGCAUGUUGCUGAGGAUGGAGGAGAUGGAGAGAGACCAGGAGGAAGUGCGUCGGCGCUUUGCUAUGAUCUCAUACUCUGACCCUCUUAUCUGGGAAAAAGGCACAGAUGCUCAGAGGAAUAUUGGUAGCUCUAGGCCAGGAUCUCCUCAGCCAAUCCGUCUGACGAAACCAGUCCUGAACGCAGCCGGUACGGCCGACAUUCUCCUCCAAAAGCCAGUGGAGACCGGGGCUGCAUCAGACACAUCGAUACUAGAUGAGGAGUCUUUAACUCUAAAUGACCCCAGUCAUCCAGUCCCAGCUGGAGGGGGAAGCACACGAGGGGUUUGCCUGACUGUGCCGCCCAGCAUGCAGAGGAGUAUUCAGAAAUACAGGGAGAACCAUGAUGCCUUUCUGCGCCUGGUUUCGCACGAGGCUCUGGGGAGCUUCAAUCCUUGGGCAAUAGCAGACAGUCUGGCUGAUGAGCUAAUGGCCGAGGCUCUGGCUGAUGUGGCGGCAGAGUUCCAGGAUGUUUGCGAAGAGUAUGCGGAAGCUGUUUUCACUUCAGAGUUCCUCCAGCCUGUCCAGUCUCCCACCACAUCAAUGUCAUAGAGACUCCUCAAGAAACAACUUACAAACGAUGACAUUUUAAUAUGUUUUUGGAACUGAAUGUUCUCAUAUCCAGGUUUAUAUUUUUGUAUGUUUUUCCGUGUAUUACAUUCAAAUACUUGACCUCACAUCACAAUCACUGCAUAGAACCUGCUGGUUAGAGCUCAGUUUCUACUCCGACGGGCAUUUUGACUGUAAUGUGAAACCUCAGUGGGCGGUCUGACUUUUAAAUGCAAACAGAUGCUUUUUAGCACACGGCUAACAAAUGUCACAUCAAUGUGUCGUAAUCCAUACAACCUCCUUAGUUAAUGCAUUAGUCGACUUUUCAGCAUAGACAAAAGCCAUAAAACAACCCCUACAUUAUUAAUGCACUGCAAGUGAUAAGAUUUACACUGUUUUCCAUAAACACCUCACAGAGGAUCACACACUCGCUUUGUCCUGAAAGAGCAUUAAUGAUGUUUUGGACUGAUUUCAUACACUUUAAAACAUAUGUUUUGUUUCUCUAUGCUAAUUGACUUUAAGUUCACUAAGUGUCCAUAUGUUGCCCAGCAUGACUGGACAGGUGAGGUAUAUUUAGAGUGUACAGUUUAAGCCUCUGAGGAGAAAAUGGCCUCCAGAUGUGUCCAGAUGUUGUGCUGGUAUGCUGGGAAUGUGCUCGGACAGGGCCUGACCGCGGUAGUAUUUACAAGCAUUCUUUCCAUAAGGGCUGCAUGUAGGAAAGUACACAUCUAAAGCUCUUAUAUAACUAAGUUAGGCUAUGAUAAACAGAAAGUAUGUGGUUUAGACAUAUUUAGCAAUGUAAAAUAAGGGUCUGUGUUUUUCUAUGGCUUUAAAAGUAUCGGUUGUCCCCUUAUUGCUUAAUUCGAAUGCAGUGAGUUAGUUUAAACUGUAGUUUAAACCUCCAGAUGUGAGUCACAGGUUUCUUCCUAGUGUUCAGCAAACUACUUAUUUGUGGAAAGUGCCAAAAGCAAACUAAUGCAUAAGUAACUGCAUUUGCCAGCAAAUUCUAGGCUUUGUGCCAUGAGCUAUUAUGAAUGCUGUGACUCUACAGGAAUACAGUCGCUAAUUUGGCUUGAGCUUGUUUUCUUGGUUAUGUUUUUAUUGCUAGUGAAAGAUACCUGUUGGAUUUGUAUUGUAUUUAUAAUCAUGAUUUAAUUUAUAAUGAGAAUAAAUGUUUUGAAAGGCUAUUUCAAGCAUCUCCCUGGCCUUGGCACAUUGUACUCGGUGCCCUGGAUGAAAUUGCUUUUUUAAAAGAAAAGUUAAAUUAAUUGAAUUACCCAUUUUUUUCCUGCGUCCAGAUGGUGUAAUCAAUGUUAUCUGUCUUUCUGCUUGUCUGACCUGCAGGCUGUUUUUCUGCUACUGCUUUUGCCAGAAACACAAUGCAGUGUUUGGAGUCAGAAGUGUUUUGUCAUUGGGUUUCCUGGCUGCUACAAAUAGGCCAAGUCCCUAAAGGAGUGGAGUAAUGCAACAUGGGCAGUUCCCUGGAAUUGAAGAACUCCAGACUUCACCUCUAUCAAUAGUCAUUUAGAGCUAUCUGAGAAUAGGUAUUCGGGAUCCCUGAUGUACAUCAAUGUCUUGCGUUAGCCUUAUUAUACAGACAAUGAGCUGGUAAAUUUGCUUAUGGAAAAUGCACUAUAUUUGAUCUUGAUUUUGUCUCUUUUUCUUUCAAUUACUGUUGGACAGCUACCACGAGACUCGUAUUUUAUAGCCAUUACGAUUAAUCAGCUGAGCUGCUGUGACAGAGUAUUUAAAAGCCAGAGGAAGAAUCAUGACAUUGUGAUUUAUGAACAAGCUAACGUUUUGCAAAGUCAUCCUACUAUAGGACUAGAAGAUAUACUGCCAUGGGCAGGGUGAAGAUAUUUAUAUUUCUGUUUUCAGCUUCACAAUGCCUUCUGCACUUCUGCUUUCACAAUCUAGAUAUUCAGUUUGCCGGCAGGCAUGGGCAGCACCUGUGGUCCCUCAGCUACGCAACUGUUGUUUGUAUCACACACGCACGAUUGAAUGAAAGCUAUACUGUAGGCCAAAUUUUAAAGCAUUAGGGAUUUUUAAACUAUUUGUCAAUGUUGUUUGGCCUUUGUUGAAAGUUUUCUUGUUGUUUCUUCUUGUAACAGUUUCGCUAUUAUCUCAGAGGAGUUUAGAGUCAUUCUUCAAUUGCGCUGGCAGAUUCUGUCGCAUGUAGAUGUAAAAUAACCAAACUGCAACACAAUUCCUAUAAGAAACUAUACAUAUUUCAACAGCAUAUGGGUAGGUUUAAAAAAUAUGUUUGUUUAAAUAAUUAACAUUCCACCUUAUUUUUUUUUUCAUAAGAGCAGAUGUGGCCAUUUGUAAAUUUUAUGGGUCUGGCUUCCAGUCUCAUCCACGUCCAGCUAUUUUUAGCUGUACAAAACAUUUGUUUUCCUGCUUGAUAUUUCAAAAAGGUGUCCUACCAUAUUCUUUUAAUACACGUCAAUUCUUCCGUGUUGAAGAAUAAGGUAGAUAGGUACAUAUACAAUAGGGGGUUUGCACUUACGUCACGAUUUGGUCAGUUACCCGGAUGCGCGGCCAUAUUGGCAAUACUCGGUUGUAAACAACAGCAUGGAUUGCGCGGUUAAUGUACUACUGAAUAUGUUCUGCUAAUUUAUGCCAUCUAAACCACUGAAAAACCAUUUGGAAGUUGCUAAAACAUGUAGAGACAGACUUAGUAAGCAAUAUUUUGACAAACUAAAGUUAAUAGGUGGUAAAGAUACAUAUAAGCAGUAUUAAUGAAGAUGUUAGCCUAAUAUUUCACCUACCUGACUGGAAAUAAGAACAAACAGGAAUGUUGUCAAGAUUCUUGCCCUGGAAAUCCUGGUUCAGUUUAGCCAACCACAAAUGCCUUUUGUUCCUCAGACAGUUUUUUGCACUCUUCUCCUAUUUGUUAUAACUUUAGGCAGUCUAUAAUACUUCAAAUGUUUUUCCUGGUAAGACCGAGUAGUACAGCCCAAAAUAUGACAGUAAUUGACCAUUUUUAGCAGCAGUAACCAGCAAAAUAUGCUAGUGUUGUUGGGUUCAGUGGAUUUGUUUACGUUCAUUGCCGCCAAUAUGGCGAACUGAUGACGGGUCAGCCUCGUUUUCAUUUCAAAAUGGCGCGUUGCGUGAAAUAAACAAAUAA